AUGUAUCCCCGUCAGGAGUCGGUCAUCCUCUCCACCCUCGUGACCAGAGAGGAAGAGGAAGCCAGCUGCGAUGGCGAGGCGACGGACGACACCCGCCGGGGACUCCGCAUAGCCUCCAUCUUCAUCAUCAUGGCCGCCUCCGCCGUCGGUUCCAUGCUCCCCAUCUUCCUGGCCAACCAGGGCCGGAUCCACGUGCCCAAGGCCCUCUUCUUCGUCUGCAAGUACGUCGGUACCGGCGUCAUCCUGGCCACGGCCUGGCUCCACCUGCUCGACCCGGCCCUCGAGGCUCUGGGCGACGAGUGCCUGGCCGACCGUCUGGGCGAAUACCCGUGGGCCCUCGCCAUCGGCCUCUGGACCGUGCUGGUCAUGUUCUUCGUCGAGCUCAUGGCCGCGCGCGGCAUCGACGACCGCGACGACGGCGACCCGGACGGCUUCGCCGUCGCCGACCCCGAGCUCGACCCGUCCCUCGACUUCGUCAAGAAGAAGUCGGUGUCGGACGAGCAGACGGUCCGCAGCGGCGACGACAACGUCAACGUCAGCCUCGGCCUGCCCGGACGCGACGGCGACGUGAGCUACCCCCCCGGAGGGCAGGAUCACCUGGCCCACCGCCGCGACCACGUCGAGGGGGACGCCCACCCCCGCCUGACCGGUCAGCUCCUGUCCAUCUUCAUCCUCGAGUUCGGCAUCAUCUUUCACAGCGUCUUCAUCGGCCUCACCCUCGGCACCACCGACGAGCUCGUCAUCCUCCUCGUCGUCCUCGUCUUCCACCAGAUGUUCGAGGGCCUCGGUCUGGGCUCCCGCCUCGCCGUCUCCCCCUGGCCCAAGGGCAGGAAGUGGCUGCCCUACCUGCUCGCCGCGGGCUUCUCCCUGUCCACCCCCGUCGGCAUCGCCGCCGGCGUCGGCGCCCGCCCCAAGAACCUCAACAGCCAGAAGCUCGUCAACGGCAUCUUCGACUCCAUCAGCGCCGGCAUCCUCAUGUACACCGGUCUCGUCGAGCUCCUCGCCCACGAGUUCAUGUUUAACCCCUACAUGCGCAAGGCCCCCCUCAAGAUCCAGCUGUUUGCUUUUGCAUGUGUCCUCUUUGGCAUGGGUGUCAUGGCCACUCUGGCCAACUGGGCUUGA